UCUCUGCAGUCAGGGUCUGCUGCUGCAGAGACUGAAAGCGGCACUAAUUCCAGUCCUGCAGUUAACUGUCGGAGGCUUGGAAAGGUGGGCAGGACUUUGCACUGUAUAUCAUUAUGGUAAUAGAAUAUAUAAUAGCCUGAUGCUUUCACCUUCAUGGUCAAGGAGCUGGUAGAAGAAUUGUUAUACACAGCCUGUGUUACAACAACGCUUAUCAGAAGACCCACACCAGAACGGGAAGCCGGUUCUGGUUCAGUUCUGCAAUACAGCUGCCCUGGAGAGGAGUCGCGGGUGACAGAUCGCAGAGUGAGCAGAGGGAGGACUGGGAGUGGUAAUGCUUGGAUGAGGUCAGUGAGAGCAGCAGCAGCUUCCCACACAGCCUGUCUGCCUGCCUGAGGAGCAGAGCCACUCGCACUGUGAAACAUAGAGGAACCGCACCUCUUAGCCAUGCUGAGCCUGAAGCUUCCCCGGCUCUUCACUAUCAAUCAAGUGCCAAAAGUGUAUCAUGAAGACAGCAUUAUCUUUGGGUAUCGUCACCCAAGGAGCUCAGCCAAAGACUGCAUCAUCAGUGUCUUCCAGCUGACCAAUGAAACACUGAAUAUCUGGACACACUUUCUGCCUACCUGGUAUUUCCUAUGGAAUCUGCUGGCCCUGUUGUACACGCUGGACGUGUGGAACGACGCCUUCUCCUGGCCGCUGAUUGUGUUCCUGGUCUCCUGCUGCAUCUACCCCUUCACCUCCAGCUGUGCGCACACCUUCAGCACCAUGUCUCCUCGAGCCAGACACGUCUGCUUCUUCUUUGACUACGGAGCGCUCAGCCUCUACAGUUUAGGUUCGGCCAUUUCCUACUCUGCGUACGUUAUCCCAGAUCAGUGGAUAAACAGCUCCUUCCACCAUUGCUACGUGCCGAUCGCAGUGUUUAACACCAUCGUUUGCACCGGGCUCGCCUGCUUCUCCAGGCUUGGUAUACCUUUUGUCCAUUAUAACCAUGACGUCGUAGAAAGGUUUCCAGAACUGGAAAGACCGAAGCUGAGUAAAGCCCUUCGCACGCUGGCCUUCGCAUACCCCUACAUGUUCGACAACAUUCCAUUAUUCUACAGGAUAUUCCUGUGCUCUGGAGAGGGCUGCACUGACAACGAGACGAACGCCCUGCACUACAGACACACAGCCCUCGCCUUCCUCACCUGCUUCCUCUUCACUACGCACCUCCCCGAGAGACUCGCGCCCGGGAGUUUCGACUUCUUCGGACACAGUCACCAGCUUUUCCAUAUCUGUGCAGUUCUUGGCACACAUUUCCAGAUGGAGGCUAUAAUGAUGGACAAGACGAUCCGACGUGCCUGGCUCCUGAACCACGCUCCCGCCACCACUUUCACAGGGACUGUAGCUGCUGUUCUAGCCUGUGUCGCAUUAAACCUCUGCGUGAUCCUCGCGUUCUCCUUGGCCACGUGCUGGAAACCAGACUCCAAGAAACUGAGACAAGAAAAGGCCACUACCACGCUGUAUAAUCAGAAAGCUUUAUGAAUGUUUCUUCCAAGAAAGGGACACA